GGGAGAGGGGGAGAGGAGGAGAAGCGAGAGCCGGGGACCUCUCAGCCCUGUCUGUGUGACCCUGUAGAAGACACUACCCUUUCGGCUGUCACCUGUACUGACGUAUUUAAAGGACUUUUUGGGCGGGGUUACGAUGUAACGGUGCACUUUUGAUACGCUUCAGGUAAUCGUCCGUUAUCUUUUAGCCAAAGUAUAUAUAGAUUUAUAUACAGGGUUGAUUCCAGUACUAGUCAUGGAUAUUAAUACUUAACUUAAGGACAAUUUUUGUAAUAAAUCAACACAAUGAGUCUUGCAGAUAGCGGUGUUGAGGUUUAUAUUAUAAAUGACGGGGAUCAUAAAGGGAAUAAAUGUUUUGUUAGCAUUGCCUUUUAAUUCAUAUUCAUAGUUGAGUCCACGUGUAAGUUGGGGGUUCAGUGUUUACGAGGAUGAAUCUUAGAUUUUAGGAUGAAGAGUCGACUGACGGAUGGACGGCUGUCCUAUCUCCCUCCCCUCUUCCCCUCAUGAGCAAAAUGAAAAGAGCACGUUGCAAUUUCCUUUAGGAUGCAUUCCAAACACUUCUUUCCUUCCUGAUUAAAAGAUUCCCUGACCUUGUCCUGUUUGAUAUCGGUGUGUUAUAGAUAUGUACAGUUUGUAUGACACUAUCUUUUGGGUUUUGGCAUCCAUUUUAAGGUCCACCACCUUGUUCUUUGUGCGUUGGUGAACAUGUUUUUGGUUUGGGAUGGAUGGAGAACGUCUGGUUGGGUUGAAAUGGUGAUAGUGUGUACACCCCCCCCCCCCCCCCCCCUUACUGUCACCUCCGUUGAAUCAGACUACUUACUGCUAAAGCGUAAUUUAUUGCCUCUGUUGUAUUUGUUUCGCUCGUUACUGUAUGUUACCCAUGUGUUCAGAUUCAUUGUUCUUGUGAAAGUUACUAAAGAAAAGACGUAUCAAACGUAUAAUUGUCGAUCUCUAUUGUUCUCAUGUUUCAACUUCACCAGUAAACGUUUAUCCCGUUUCAAUUUUACAAGGGCUGUAAAGUUUAGGAGUUAUGCGAGGUGGUUUGAAUGGAAAAGGUCAUUUGUAAUUUAAGGUGUGGGCGAUAAUCAAUAAACGAUAACAAUUCCAAUCGAACUGUUUGACAUUUUUUUUAUAACAUCAUGAAAAUGUUGCAGUCAAACUUGCUGAAUUUCCUAACGGAAUAGUGGACUAUCGAUAAAAGCGUUGGUACAUUUUGUCGAAUUUGGUAUAAUAGAUUGAACCCAUCGUUUCCUCAUGAAAACCUUAUUCAAACAUCAGUUUUCCUUAGUUCAGUAUCUUCUCAGUUGGCAGACAGCCAACUUAGGUGUAAAGGUGAACUUCAGACCGGCUGCCCUCAUGAUUACGGGACAGAGCAGCGGGAGGUCCGUGGCGUGAACUAAGGUUAUUUAAGAGAUGUAAGAGAGCCAAACCAGAAUAUUUAAUAGUUUUCAUGUUAAAGCUAUGCAUGUAACUUUAUAGAUUGUCAUUUAUUAACCGAAAGGACGCAGAGGGGGGGUUUUCAGGCAUGCUCGUGCAUGUGCAUGUCAUAUCCUUAUCGGCAGGACGUCGCGGCCACGACGCUUCACUAACGCGCGGUCACGACUCUUCUGACGCACCCUCUAGAAGCGGAAUCUGAAGAUGUGGAAGUCGGCCGCGGGACACAAUGUCAGCGCCAAGGCGUCUGCAGAACCCGACGACUGGGAGACCGACCCCGACUUUGAGAACGACGUCUCGGAGCAGGAGCAGCGAUGGGGGGCAAAGACCAUCGAGGGGUCGGGGCACUCGGAGCACAUCAGUGUGGCAAAGCUGAGGGAGGCGGUGUCCAUGGAGCACCAGCGGGGGAGGGAGAAGGAGCAGGCGGCGGCCCCCCAGGCCUCCUACGGGUACGGGGGCCGCUUCGGCGUGGAGAAGGACCGCAUGGACAAGGGGGCCAUGGGGCACGACUUUGUGGCGGAGGUGGAGCGCCACUCCUCUCAAACCGACGCGGCGCGAGGCUUUGGAGGAAAGUUCGGCGUCCAGAAGGACCGCAUGGACAAGGCCGCCCUUGGGUUCGAGCACAAGGAGAAGGUGGAGCAGCACGCGUCUCAGAAAGAUCACUCGAAGGGGUUUGGAGGAAAGUACGGAGUGGAGAAGGAGAAGGUGGACCGUAGCGCGCUGGGAUACGACUACAAAGGAGAGACGGAGAAGCACCAGUCCCAGAGAGACUACGCUAAGGGCUUCGGCGGGAAGUUUGGCGUCGACAAGGACAACGUGGACAAAGCGGCGAUGGGCUACGACUACAAAGGAGAGACGGAGAAGCACCAGUCCCAGAAAGAUUAUUCCAAGGGCUUUGGAGGGCGGUAUGGCGUGCAGACGGACCGCGUGGAUAAAAGCGCCUCUUCCUUCACUGACAUGGAGCAGCCCUCCUCUGCAUACACCAAGACCCAGCCAUUGGAGGCUGCCAGCGCCAGCGCCGGCGCCGGCAAACUGAAGUCCCGCUUUGAGGACAUGGCCAAGGCGUCCGGGGAGGACAAUAAGAGGAGGGUGCAGGAGGAAAGGGAGAGGAGACGCGCCCGAGAGGAGAAGGAGCAACAGGAGACCAGGCGCAGGCAGCAGGUGGAGACGGACAGAGAGGAGGAGAGGGAGCGAGAGGAGGAGAGGGAGCGAGAGGAGGAGAGGGAGCAGAGGGAGCGAGAGGAGACUCAAGGCAGGCAACGGAAGGAGAGGGAGCGAGAGGAGGAGAGGAUGCGAGAGGUGAAGAGGGAGCGAGAGGAGGAGAGGGAGCGAGAGGAGAUCCAACGCAGAGAGCAGGAGGAGAGCGGCCGGGAGGAGCUGGAGUGUCCCGGUUAUCCUCAACCCUUCCCCGACAUGGAGCCCCCGGCAGGCGGCUGGGCCACAGGAGAACAGGUUGAAGAGGAAGAGCCGUUGUACGACGAGCCGCCAUCUUUACCCACACGCUCUGAGGACUUCCUGGAUUGCGGCCCACCUCUUCCUGUGGAACAGGAAGAGCCGUUGUACGACGAGCCGCCAAAUUUAACCACACGCUCGGAGGACUUCCUGGGUUAUGGUCAACCUCUUCCUGUUCCGCAGGAAGAGAUAGAGGAAGGAGACUAUGAGGAUGUGGAAUCCCUGCAUCCAGCUACAGAUUCAGACAAGGGACACGAAGACCUGACGUGCGGCCAGACAGCGAGGGCUCUGUACAGCUACGAGGGAGACGCUGAAGACGAGAUCGCUUUCGAGGAGGAUGACAUCAUCACCCACAUCGAGAUGGUGGACGAGGGCUGGUGGCGGGGGCAGAGGGGGGGCCGCAGCGGACUGUUCCCCGCCGCCUACGUCCAGCUGGUCCCAUGAGGGCGGGGCUAGACGCCACUCACCAUUCUUUUAAAUUUGAAGUUAUUCUCAGGAAAUCGAAAGGAUCAGUUAUGGUUCCACGUCAACGCAAUGAACAUGCAGACACUUCGACGCAGCCGUGAACCGAUUUUCUUUCUGCGUCCGUUUUUUUUUUUUUACAAUUACAGCUCUUGCUACGUCGCCUCAACUCAAGAUUAAAAAAUUUUGGGAGGCACACGUCAGGCCCUUGCGGUGGACAUAGGGAGUCCGCCCUAGGUUGAAUGGGUCCAUAAACCCCCUUGCGUUGCGUCGACGUGGAACAAUAACAGCCUUAAGCCUGCGCUGUUGCUUUUUCCCAUGGCUUUCAUUCAGACUAGUCUUUGAGGGAAGCUCGUUGAGCUUCUUUUUCAAUGGAGCUUGAGAAAUUGAGUAGCAUCUUUACUUUUAGCCUAGCAGUUAGGGGACACGUUUUAUUAUAUGCAAUUCAAAUUAUUUUUUAACUUAAGUGACAGUAUUGAAAAAGUGACUUCCUGGAGGCGGGAGAAGACCACUCCAAUAAUACUGAGUAGAGCUUGUGUGCUCGGUAUUUGAGUAAUACUGUGUUUAGGGAAGGGAGUAGUAAUUAAAUAAAAUCUCAAUGGAAAUAAAUAUUUAUUAAUUAGGAAUACGGUGCAACACUUUUGUUAAAUCCCAGCCAAACUAAUAAAAACUUUGACAAUUUGUAUACAAAUGAUUUUUUAUUCCCAUUUAUGUAUCGCCGUCAGCCCAGUGACUGAAUGUGGGGGAAACAAAGCUGUAAAACAGCAUAUUAAAAAAAGGUACAGGGUCCAUUUUACUGAAUACCCAUAAAGAAUAUAGAGGGGCUUACAGUCGCCCACCUGGGAACAUCUGUUUAGUCUGACAUGUUCUGGUGAUCACAAGGUCCUUGAACAUUUCUGAAGAAGACAACAUGAACAGAAACGUGUUCUCUGCUUUGAAUAGGAUGAUCAUCCACAUGUCCAUCCGUGUUCAUACACCCAGGCACAUCAUUCCAGGACUGUAAUCCCAGCAUGUGGAGGCAGAGCCAAUGUCCUUCGGGUCUAUCCCGAUCACCACGCCAUGCCUUUCUUGUUCUUGAACUUCCCGCCCUUCUUGGCGUGCCGCUUGCCCUUGAGCUUCUUGGCCUGCCGCUGGUUCAUCCAGGUGGGGUACUGGCCGUUCUCGUCCAGGUGGGUCUUCUUGCAGCGCUUCCCGUCCAAGUCCAUCUUCCCAUCUAGAAGAACAUGCACAGAGAAUCCCUUUAGAUUGUGAUCCCUAAGCAAGGAUACAUCCAGGAUACACAGGAAAACAAACAGACCUCAUGAAACCAUAACAGCCCCGGUAAAUUACUGGGAUAACCUUUCAGGCACCGCUAGUGAUUUUCACUAUUCCCAAAUGCAGCUACGUUCUGGGAGACAUCGUGCUUUUGCCUUUUCACACAGCAAUGAAGGAAUAGAUGAGCUAAGGAGUCA